AUGACCGGGACCACCCUCGCCGCGAGUUUCAGCAAGAAGGGUUUGGAGUCUCAGCAUACCGAUGUAUCUGCGGAAGCACCAUCUAUGGGGGCCGCCUCCCAAGCAUCGGCGCAAAUAUCCCAGGAAGGGCGUUAUCCGACAAAGGGGGGAUUCACACACAGGCAGCUCAGGCGUCGAAUGCAAAAACCCAAGCGCUUCCGCGCUCUUCUUCAAGAGGUGCGUCGUUCGGGCGAGGAGCACCCUAGAGGACUCCUAGACCUCCACACCGGCAAGCCAGAGAAGAUAUUGUCCAGGAAAGCGCUAAGCACCGAAGUCCUCGAGGCGGAGUUGCGCUGGGUGGCGAGAAACACGCCAGCACCCCGAGCUGUGCGCAAUAUUCUGAGGAUCUUGCUCGAAGAGCGGAACAUUAAGCCGACGCCUGGUCACUAUGAGGCACUGAUUCUGGGUCAGUGUCAUCCGGAAUUUGGGUCAAUCGAGAACGUGAAGACGAUCCUCCAAGAGAUGGAACGAGAAGGCUUGCCUCUCGAAGCGCCCAUCCUCCUUGCGGCAUUGACGGUCCUAUCCAUCCAUCCCGACACGCAUCUCCGCAACAAUAUCCUUGACCGUCUCACGCAGCAACAAUUCGCCCUGCCAAACAGACACGCCCAUCUGAACAUCCUCGCUCUCAUCCGCGAAGAACAAUUAGAAAUGGCAACGGUCGAGCUCGAGAAGUUGUCGCAAAAGAACCAAGGGUCCCCGAUCCCUAGCUGGUUAUGGACAAUCUACAUCCACGCAAUUUGCGAUCUACGACAGGACUUUGACGCACUCAUCCAACUGCUCUACAGACUUUCUGACUCCGGAUUCCUCUUUCCUCGCCCCACGCUCCUUCACUUACUGCUGAAAGCCAGCCAGGCCGGAGAUAUUCACGUCACGAAAUUUGUGUGGCACGGAUAUGUCGAAUCCAUGCAUAUCAUUCCCAACGAGGAGCUCUGCAUGUCCGUCCUGCGCGUCGCAGCCAAGGAGAACGACCUCAAGCUGGCAGAAUCUGUUGCCGUAGUGUUGGAGAGCGUGGCCGGGAACGACAUGACAGACCCGCCUGCCCUGGAAUACCAUGGAUGGGAGCCCGCGCGAGAGUCACCCAAUCUGCUGGGCGUGGGAGACAUUCAAGUCAAUGCGCGCUCAGAGUCGGAGGAUUCGAGCAACACUUCAAACGACACGGACGCCGUCCCUCCACCAAGACCGACAUCAGAGACUGACUCUGCGACCGCUGAUUCCGAGCUGUCCACUGUAUUCUCAACGCCCCCUCUUCUGCCCAACCCGGCCUUGCCACCACCUCCACCGCGCCCUCUGCCACGCGAAGCACUCGCCCUGCUCUCUUCGCUAGGACUCACCGACUUUAGCGCGGGAGCUGGGUGUACAGGACGCAGGAGGAGAAAGCCAGCGAGAGGCAUCUUGUACCCUCUGUUUAGAGAGGAGAUGGGACUGGCAGGCGCGAGGUUUGACCCCCGACUUGCGCUGCUAAGGGGGUGGGAUUGGCGGAAGAAAUGA